AGUAGUAACUUUACUUUCACGUGUUCUGUUGUGUGAGCAAGGUGUGGCUUCAAACCGUCUUAAUGGACGUGUGAAUCAGCGCUGGUGCGACAUGCUGCGAGUAACGACGCUCCUGUGCCUCGCCGCCUUGGCGCUGGCCAGACCUCAGUUUCACGAAGACCUGACUGCCGAAGACCUGUCUCACUACUUCGGCGUGCAAAGUUCGGACGAAGUUCCAGAGUACGAGAUCGUGACACCAUCUCUACACUCCAGUGGGCGGACACGGCGCUCAGCUGACGGAAAGGAGGUCAACUCUCUCCAGUACAAACUCAAGGCGUUUGACGAGGACUAUCAUCUGAAGGUGGACCACAAUGUGGACCUGCUUCCUGAGGAGUUUCACGUCAUGUUUAUCGGCGAGAACGGUGAGCAGAGGGAGACUCCGCUGGACAGCCACUGCUACUACAUGGGAGAACUUCUCUCUCACAAGAAGUCUGUGGUCGCCGUCAGCACCUGCGAAGGACUGGCUGGUGUACUGACCCAUGAUGACGUCACCCUGUUUAUCCAACCGUUGAGGGAGGAACACGCGGAGAAGCGCCGAGCCCGCAGGUCGGCUGAGGACCCGGAUGAGAAGGAACACAUCGUCUACAAACAGGCCAGGACCCUGGGCCAGACUGACUACAUGAACGACUACGACCGUGACAUCGACAUGGAGCGUGGUGCAGAGCCCCGGCGGGAGGAGGAGGUGGUGAACUUCUCGGACGUGUACCCGGACGGAGACCUGAGCAGGCUGGACAACGGCUUCGGCCAUCACCUGCAGAUCGAGGAGCACGAGGAUGGAUCCAUCACAGUCCACCAGAAGCCCAACGUCACGCAUGUGGAUAACAAGCCGCUUGACGGUCUUACCGAGCUGGGCCCACCCCCAAAACCAGAGGUGGAGGACCCCCGUCCCAUCCAGUUCGUCAGAGCAAGCGCAUCUGAGAAGAUGUCCCGCAGCAUGGACUACACGACUACCGGCGGCGACAGCGGCUUCCGUAACAACUACCGCCCGUACGUGGAGAUGAUGAUCGUGGCUGACAAGUCCAUGUACCUGUACCACGGCUCUAACGUGCAGAACUACGUCCUCACGGCCAUGAACGUGGCCGCCAGCCUGUACCGUGACGGCACCAUCGGCACCGACAUCUCUCUUCACGUGGUCAAACUCAUCGUGCUGGAGACAGAUCAGUCUGGGCUGUCCGUGUCCAACGAUGCCACCACCCUGCUGGACAGCUUCUGUUACUGGCAACAGCAGCACCAGCCGGGAGAGAGCGACCAUCAACAUUACGACAUCGCCACUCUCAUCACCAGGACUGACCUGACCAGGUACGGCGAUCCCGGCAUCCUGGGUCUGGCUAAGCUGAGCGCCGCCUGUGUGGACUCCCGCCACUGCUCCGUCAACGAGGACUCCGGUCUGCACGUCGCCUUCACAGUAGCCCACGAGACUGGCCACAAUCUGGGAAUCCGCCACGAUGGCGACGGUAACACCUGCGGCGACUCCGUGAACGUGAUGGCGACCUCCAGCGUGUCCGGUACCAGCGCGUACGAGUGGUCCAGCUGCAGCGCCGCGCAGCUGGAGGACUUCCUCAGCACCUACCAAGCACAGUGCCUGUUCGACACGCCGACCUACUCCGGCAUCACCAUGGAUCCAAACAUGAAGCCCGGUCAGACCUACACCGCUGACGAUCAGUGUCGCCUCGCCUACGGCGGCAACGCCUACAAGUGCCGCUUCGACCCCACCGGAGGCAACGGCGACCUUUGUGCCAAACUGUUCUGUCACGUGACAUCUGACAUGAGCUGCAGCUCCAACAAGCAGCCGAUGCUGGACGGGACAGAGUGCGGAGACAGGCAGUGGUGCGUCCGCGGUACCUGUGUGGCGUACGGCACGAACGGCCCCCAGGCUGUGGACGGAGGCUGGUCCGCCUGGGAAACCAGCUGGGGCACCUGCAGCCGUACCUGCGGUUCCGGCGUGCAGUUCAGGAGGCGCUACUGCAACAACCCCGAACCUCAGCAUGGCGGUGCUCCCUGUGUUGGAGAUGACACCAACUUCCAGCUGUGCAACACCCAGCCAUGUUCAGUCUCUCAGUCUGAGUUCCGUAGCCAGCAGUGUGCCGCCACCAACAACCAGCCUUUCAACGGACAGUUCUACACAUGGGAACCGUACAUGGCACUUCCAGGGGACUACCUGUGCCAGUUCUACUGCUUCUCUCCCGAGGCUCGUAUCUACACUUCCCGUGGUGACAAGUACAUCGAUGGCACCAGGUGCAAUGACGUCAGCGACUCUGACGUCUGUGUGGAGGGACAGUGUGUCACCUUUGGCUGUGACGGCCUGCCCAACUCCGGAACCGUGUUUGACCGUUGUGGCGUGUGUGACGGAAACGGAAACACCUGCCAGCCCAUGUCCGGUACCUACACCGCCGGCCAGAAGAACCAAUAUGUCACAUUCCUGACAUUGCCCCCUGGAUCCACCGCUGCCACCAUUACAGAAGCCAACUACUGGUGCCAUUUGGCCGUCAGAGUGAACGGUAGGUAUGCCUUCAGCGGCAAUGGUGUCCAAGGCAACAGCGGUCAGUACCUGGUGGACGGACUGAACAUCGUCUAUACCAAGAGCAACGCAGCUUCACAAGAAGAGAUCGCCAUCGCUGGCCCUGUCCCUGCUAACACACUGGUGGAGAUCCAGGUGUACCGCCACUACCUCGACACAGAGUUCGUAGGUGUGGCCCCGCAGGUCGAGUUCAACUACCUCGGCCCCGUCUAUCACUCCUUCUCCGGAAGCGAGGAGGUCGUCCAUUUUGCCGUGGAGUAUGUCUGGGAUAGCACCUGGAGGGAGUGUUCUGAAUCGUGUGGAACAGGUACCCAGACCCUGUUCGUGCAGUGCGUGAGGAAUGACGACGGUUCCAGAGUGGAUGACACCUACUGUGACUCAGGAAACAGGCCCUCGGCACAGACCCGCAGCUGCAACCUGCAGGCCUGCCCAGCAUUCUGGAACACCGGUAGUUUCGGCGCAUGCUCUGCCACCUGCGGAGGCGGUACCCAGAACAGGCUGGUGCAGUGCAUGAGGAAUGAUGGACAGGUGGAUCAGGUGGUGUCCGACUCCGAGUGUAAGACCGCCAAGCCCGCCACCGCCAUGUCCUGUAACACCGACCCCUGCCCGGGCGUGUGGGUGGCCACCAGCUGGACAAGUUGUUCCGUGACCUGCGGGUUUGGCCAGAUCACACGUACUGUGACCUGCCGCCCGGACAGCAACUCCCCUUACGUCAUCGAGGACGGCAACUGUGACUCCAGCUCCAAGCCGCCGGAGGUCCAGACCUGCUACACCGGGCAGUGUCCAGCCGUCACCCAGAGACCAGUCACUACCACCACCCCUGCUCCCGCCGGCGGAUGGGCUGAAGGAGGCCAGCUGACCGGCUGUGACGUGCAGUCCACCUACAUGUCCGGCACAGUCAGCCGUGUCGGGCACCAGACGAACGGGGCCACCUGCAGCCAGGCGCUCGUCGUGCCGCUGGGGAGGGUCAUGACCCUCAAGUUUGAGUUCCUCAACAUCGACUGCACGCAAGGAGAGUACUUCGCCAUUGUUGAUGGCGGCAGCAUCAUGCGGUACUGCGGCACCACCCUGUACCCAGACUACACGUCCAAGUCUAACGUCCUGUACGUGCAGCACGCCACCAAGUCUGGCACCUUCGGACACGGGUACAGGCUGUCCUUCUCCAGCGCUGACUCCGGCACUCCAGUACCAUCGUGUGAGUACCAGAUCACGCAGCCGACUGGCACCAUCCAGGCCCCCAACUACCCGAACGAGUACGACAACAACUCCCGCUGUAAGUGGUACAUCAACGUGAAACCCGGCACCACACUCACCAUCAACGUGCUGGACUUCGAGGUCGAGUACGAGGCCAACUGUGGCUACGAUGACUUCAAGAUCGUCGACAGUGUGAGCGGCCAGUUCGAGCGCUACUGCGGCGCCAGGACUCCAUUCACCUACACGUCUACCGGCAACCGGGUGGUGCUCGAGCUCAACUCGGACGGCAGUGUGGGCAAGAAGGGCUUCCGCCUGUCCUACACAUCAGCCUGAGGCGGCUCUUCGAAAGGACUCAUGAAAAAUGGACAAAGACAGUCAACCCAUUGGCAACAAUACCCUAUUCCUCAACAUCGAUGGAAAAGUCACAAAUCAUGCUAGAUACUUCAACGUUAAAUCAGUCUGUAAACUAUCGCAGUUAAAAAAAAAUAUUAUAAGUGGGUUGUCUUUUUGUCUUUGGACGUUUUAUUUUUUCAAUCUAUAGAUUAUAUGAUUAUGCGCACUUUUGGCACACUAUACCUCCUGUUUGUGAGCACUUUUGCACUGUAAACCUCUCGUUCUCAUACUGUUUGUUCCUAUGAAAUGGUCCUUUGGAAAUGAUAGUAAUAUAUUGAUGCAUAUAUAGGGUGGUUGAAGCUUAUGCUACCUUUUAUAAAAAGGAAGGACAAUCAAAAUGCGAAGUGCCUUCACGGAUAGAGUUUAUCAGAAUAUGAUCCUUCUAGGAAAUACAUGACAUUGUAUAGGGAUGGUCUUUCACCAGUGUGCAUUAUAGUUUGAAAUACAUGUACCAUGUCCGUUUUUGUAAGUUGAACAUAGUAUGAUGUAUGUGUUGAAAUUCUCUCAUAUAUAGAGAGAUCAUCGUUAUGACAAAUCUUAUGAUAAAAAUCUUUCAGACAAAAAAAAUAUAUGGAUGUUAAACAUUGUGAGAUUGUACCUUUUGAGGGAAAACAAAGUUUUGACGUUGUCCAUUUCUUGUGGAUGUAUUUGGAACAUUUACCAAAGAGCGAGAUUAAAGACUACAUGUCAGUAAACACCUCUAUGAAUUAUGCUACCUUCUCUGUUCUUUCCUCCUUUCCUCCAUGUCUGAAUAAAUGAUGUAGCUUCCAUGGUAAUCUGCACACAAAUGAA